CCCCAUAUCACUUCACUGUGCUCUGUCGUCUGUGUACGGCUUCAGCUCGCCCAAAUGGGUUUCCGUCAGCUCCGCCUCCUCCUCCUCCUCCUCUCCGUCGCCGUGGCCUUCGUCUCCGCCACCGACCACAUCGUCGGCGGCCACCUCGGGUGGAACCCCAACAUCAACUACACGCUGUGGGCCAACAACCAGACCUUCUACGUCAACGACCUCAUCUCCUUCAGGUACCAGAAGAACAUGUACAACGUGUUCGAGGUGAACAAGACGGGAUACGACAACUGCACCAUGGACGGCCUCGCCGGCAACUGGAGCUCCGGCAAGGACUUCAUCCCCCUCGACCAGGCCAAGACCUACUACUUCAUCUGCGGCAACGGCUUCUGCUUCAGCGGCAUGAAGGUCUCCGUCACCGUCGUCCACCUCCUCAACGCCUCCUCCGCCGCUCCACCCAACGCCUCCACCCACGGCGCCGCCGGAUCCGCCGCCCCGGGGCUCCGUCCGUGGCCGUCGAACCCCGCGGCUCUCCUCGUCGCCGCCGUGGCUUCGAUGGUGAUCGGAUCUGGUGUCGGUAUCUGAUCCAAGGCGGCCACUUCAUAUGUUUGAUAUCGAUUUGUUCUCGAUCGGUAUGGUCGUAUGUCAUCGUCACCAUUCUUUGUUCUCUAAGAUCGGAUUGUUUGGUAGAAUUGCAUCAUUCUUUGUUCUCUAAGAUCGAAUUGUUUGGUAGAAUUGCUUGUUAAUUUGAUGCUUCUGCUCCUAUGAGUGUUAA